AUGCCAGGAUUAGAAUCACUGAGGCACAGCGGACUGAGUGGAUUUCAUGAUGAGUACAGCUUGUAUGCUGUAGUGAGAACAUCAAUCAUUCUUCACAUGAUGCUCCAAUUUUCUGAAAUGGAAGGAGAGAAUAAAGCCAUUUACUUUGCCUAUCCAUGUCGACGUCAUAGCUGUUCUGUAGUAAACAUCCCAGCACCAUGUGUCAACAAAAUGAUUUCACACAUUCAAGAUGUAGAGUCUAAAAUACAGAAGUAUUUGAAACAGUUUGAAACAGCAUAUGGAGAAUGGAGUCUUGCUUCUUCCACAAAAGCAGUGACAGAAGACUGGAGCACAAGAAGUAUUAUUACAGUGGAAGAAAAGGUCAAAACAGAAAAGGAAGAUAAAAAGUGUCCAGAGAUAAAGCAGGAAAUGGGAAUGCUGCUAUCAGAGGCCAUCCAUCUGGUUAAAAGCCUAGAAACUGACCGUGCAGAAGCUGAAGAAGCAUUAAGACAACAAAAACUGAGAAAGAAAAAGAUUAGCAUGCAAAUUGAUUCCUGGUCAAUCUGGAGACUUCAAGAACUUCCCUCAGCUGUUCAGAAAGAACAUGAGACCUAUUUGAGGGAUAUUAUAGAAUUGCAAUGGCAUAUUUCAAAUAAAGUUCAUCAACAAGAACAUUUAGAGUUGCAAAAGACAAAGUUAGAAGAAGCAAAUUCAACGGUUCAAGCAGACAUAGAUUAUAUGGAUGAACAUGCUCCUCUACUGGACUCAAAGCAAAACCAGGAACUUGAUGCCUUGAGGGAUUGUUACUUAAAAAAAAAUGAGGUAAUGGAACUAUACAAUCGUGUCCAUGAAGAACUUGAGGAAGUAAAAGAAAGCUGCCAAAAUGCCAACUUGAAGGCUGAGCAAAUUAAAUCAGAAAUGGAUAGAGAUAUUAGAAAUGGUGAAUUAAGCUUGGAAAUGUAUAAGAAAGAGAUAGAUAAAGUUGAUAACCUAUAUCAUCACUAUGAAACAUCUAUACAUAAUAUUAACAACAAUAUUGAGGAGAGUGAAGAGGCCGUAACUGAAGUAUUAAAGGAAACAAAGUCAAUGACAAAUGAGUUAGCUGCUUUAUCAAGAAAGUUAGAGGACUUUAAAAAGCUUUAUGACCAACUAACUUGGAAGAAAAAAGGCUAUGAAAAGGAAUAUGCAGAUAUACUCAAUGCUUUUUAUACAACAAAAAAAACAUGGGACAUCGAGCUUUCUAAUGUUUCAAAAGACUUUUCAGAACUUUCAAAAUUAUAUAGUCAAUUGUUGGAAGAAAAUAAAAAAAUUGAAAUAGAUGCUGAAGUUGUAAUAGAUCGUAUCAAUGAAAGUAUAAGGAAGAAAUCAGAACAUGAAUCGGAAAUUCAAAGUUUGUUGAAACUGAAGGCAAAAAAUAGCGAAAUGCUUAAACAUCUAUACAAGGAAGCUUAUAACAUCGGUGCUAUUUUCCACCUCACUAAAUUUAAAACAGAUGAAUUGGAAGGAAAAGUGGCAGAUGUGAGAAGAAAAUUCAAGGGCAGAGACGAUUACUUGAAAAAACUUAUUCGGAAUGAAGUGACUACUGCAUUACUGAUUCAGAAAAAAUUGUAUAAUAUUCAAGAAGCCCAACGACAUGAGCAGCAGACCCUUUUAGAUAAGAAAGUACUACAUGCCAUAGCUUUGGCAAAAUUCGAGGAGCCACUGAUUGAACUAGAAGAAGAGGCUGUCCGAAUUAGAAGUAUCCAUCAAAGACAUUGUUCUGCGAUUUUUGAUAUAGUUGAGCUGAAAAAAAAAAUGAGAAGAAAUGUGGAAAAAGCAAGGAAAAAAUUGAGAAUGAAGGAGAAGCAAACCCGUCAGGCACUAACACAAACAGAGGAAAAACGCUCAACGAUUUUUAAAGAAAUAAAUGAAACUAAGAGCAGAACCCUUGAUUUGCAAUCCAAAAUACAUAAAUUCAAUGAGGAAUUAAAAUUAAAAGAACAAGAAAAGAAACGCUUUGAUGAAAUACUUAAUGCUUUAAAGGAAGAAUUUAUAAGCAUAAGAUAUAAAAAAGAACACAUACAAAGCGUGUUUGACCAGUACAAGAGUGAGAAAAGAUCCUGUCAAGAGAGAUUCUAUGAGGAAGAAGAGAGAUUUAAAAUGCUCGUUUCCAUGAGGCAAAACACUCUGGAAGAAAUUAAGAAAACACAACUUGAAUCACUAGAAGAAAAUCUGCUCUUAGCUCAAGAAUAUCAAAUGAUACAGGAUCAAUUCUUAACAGAAAAGGAGAAAUAUUUCAAUAAAUAUGAUAGACAGUUGUCACUUGAUGCUUCAGUUAGAGAUAAAGCACAGUUCUGUCAGCUGCAAAGAAGGAUACAGAAGGAAUGGGAGACGCACUUCAAACUGGUGGCCCUCUACAGCCAGAUGAGGCUGGCCAAGUUCCAGACAGACUCUCAAGAGAGCAUUCAGAAAAUAUUAGCUGUGCAGGAGGAAUCUUCAAAUUUAAUGCAACACAUCUUAGCUUUCUUCCAGGCUUUGACAGAUGGCCAGUGUGAAAACGAUGGUUAAGCAAACAACCAAUGUAUCUUGGAUGCUGAAAUAAAAGACAAGAAAAGUCACACAGUUCAGAUAACAGUGUAAUUGGACAUUCACCUGUUUGCCAUUUCACACUUCCAUGGACGGAAAAACUCACUCACCUCCCAGCAUGCUUUGCUACUCUUUUACUUACAGCAAAUCCAUAACAAUGAAACAGGUGACUUUCAUGCUGCUGUCAGGAACGAUCUAAUUUCAGCUCUGGGUGACUGAUUGCAAUUGGCUUUGCCUCAUCUGAUAAUUAAUCUAUGUCACCAUUAAUUGGAAGAGAGAAUAAUUACUGGCGAUGUUGACAGUGACUAUGCGCUUCCCCAGAUUUCCCCAUCCUGUUGGCCCAAAUAAAGGCUUUGCGAUUCAGUACUUAAAGUUUGUGUAAACUGUAACAAUACCUAUGCCCAUGUGACAUUUUCAGACACUCUGUCUAAUGUACUUUUGUUUUUGUGUUUACCAAUCUUUUUUAGCUCGCUGAGAGCUGUCUCUCUCAAUCACUCCUCAAUGUUCUAUCUUAAUUUUGUGGAAGUUUAAAGUUUUCAAUGAGCUGGAGAUGAAUGAUUAAUGAAUAAAUUUAAAUGCUUCAUUUUG